GAGAGAACACAAAACAGUAAGAGGUGAAAAAUUGAAGCGAGGGACUAGGUUUAAUUCGUCAAAACGAUGUCGUUGGCAGUAUAUUGGCACAAGCAAAUACCAGAGCGAGGAGCAUAGCAUAAUAGACAAAGCCUGUUUCACUUCGCUCUCCCACCCUCUAUCGCUACUCACACAUAGCAAACAAACCCUAGAAACCAUGUCGGGCGGAUUUUUCAGGGGCACCUCCGCCGAUCAGGACACGCGAUUCUCGAACAAGCAAGCGAAGCUUCUUAAGUCUCAGAAAUUCCCCCCUGAACUGGAAAAUCUGGUGGACAUGACCAAAGUGAAGAUGGAUGUUAUGAAGCCCUGGAUUGCAAAACGUGUAACUGAGCUAAUUGGGUUUGAAGAUGAAGUGCUCAUCAAUUUCAUUUAUGGUCUUUUGGAGGGAGAGGCAGUGAAUGGGAAGCAGGUUCAGAUUCAACUUACUGGAUUUAUGGAGAGAAAUACUGGGAAGUUUAUGAAGGAACUCUGGUCAUUGCUUCUCAGUGCGCAGCAAAAUGUAAGUGGUGUCCCUCAACAAUUUCUGGAUGCGAAAGAAGAGGAAACUAAAAAAAAGAAGGCAGAGACAGAUCGUAUAGCUACUGAAAUUCAAAGAAAGAAAGAGAAGGAGAAGCAAGAAUAUUUUGAAGAGAAAGCAAAGAUGGACGGUGAUGGAGCAAAGUCAAGAGAUAAUCAUAGUGAGUUGGAGCCUAAUGUGAAGCAUGAUGCUAGGGGUUCUACUGUCCAACAGGCAAAUGAUAAAGAACGGCACAAUAGAAAUGGCCGGAGAAGAAGCAACAGGGGUUCGCGCUCUCCUGAUUCACCUAACCACUCACUAUCUUCCAGUUCCUGGGAGCUAAUUUACUCUGGUUGCAGUGAACGCCGGCGGAGGUCAAGAAGUGUUUCUGCGGCACCACCAUCAAGAAGUCGCUCCAUUUCCUCCGAAAGACGCGCUCGCUCUCCGCCAAGACGGUCUAUUUCGCCUCGCCGGCGUCAUGUUGUUCGACGAUCUCGCUCUCCAAGGCGUAGAUCUUACUUGAAUCGGAGAUCGAGGUCCAACUCUCGGCGCAGAUCUCCUUCCCCUGUACGAUAUAGAGUUCGUUCUCCAAGGCGUCAUAGAUCACGAUCUCCCUUGCGUCGUAGGUCACGGUCCCCAGUACGACGUAGGUCACGGUCCCCUGUGCGACGUAAGUCGAGGACGCCGAUACGGAGAUCACCAGUUCAGUAUAAGUCAAGGACGCCUUUACGACGGAGAUCCCUUUCCCCUGUGCAUAGCAGAUCGCCAUCCCCUAUCAGAGGAAGAUCUCCAAUGCAUCGCCGGUCGCCAUCUCCUGUGCAUCGCCGGUCACGAUCUCCGUUGCGGCGGCGCUCUCCAUCUCCACGUCGUCAGUCUCCUUCUCCUGCAAGAAGGCGGCACCGACGUUCUUUGUCAACUUCAUCGCAUCAAUCUAUGUCUCCUACUAGACGGAGGUCCUCUAUGCAUGGUAGAAAAAGAUCAUGUACUCCAGUGAGUCGAAGAUCUCCUGCCCCUCAAGAAUCAAGUUCCCCCUCAAAUGUUCGUCGAAGUUCUCUUUCACCAGUCAGGAGAGGAUCAAUGAAACGGGCAAGAUCACCUAUUCAUUCUCCUGGAGAAAGAGCAAGGCAUGAAAAGUACUCUCCUGCUCGUCGUGGUUCUCCCAGUGAAAGAGCUGAAGUUCAUUCAGGGAACCGUAAAGUAACAAAAUCUGCGGAACGGAGGCCUGUUGUAUCUCUGAGGUCACCACAGAGGGAUGUGCUGGAUCAAAGAGAUUUAGGUGGGAAACCUCGGAACUUGUCACCUUCCUUGGAAAAGUCCCCAUCUAGAUCAGAUGCUUCUAGAGGCAGAAGUGACAGUGAAGAACGAAGGUCUAUUAGUCCUCGUGGUAGCCCCCGCCAAAGGAGGGGAAGAAUGGCACCGCCCGAGAGUCCAGAUCCUUUGCGAAAAGCUGCUGAUCCUAAAACUCGUCGAGAUGAUUCUAGGAAAAUUUUGGAUGAUGAAAACAAUUUAUCUAGCAGGGAGAUUGGACGGUACAAAAAAAGGUCUUCAGGGAAAAGUUCUUUGAUGCCAGUGCGUGAUAAGGGCUCACUGGAAACUGGUGAUACUCAUGAUCUAACUGAUAGCACAAAGUCAAGAGAGCGACAAUUGACAAACAGUGACAGGCUACGUGACAGUUCCGAUCAUAAAGAACACCGCGAACGGCAAGAGUUGUCGACAAUUACAAAAACCACUGAUGUGAGUAUGAAAAGUAGGGAAUAUCGUGAUUCUCCACGAGCUAAGGAUAUGAAAAUUCCUCGCACAGAAGAUGAUGAGAGUGGUUUUCGGUUCCCAGAAACAGAAGGUUUGCCUAAAUUGUUGAGGAAGUCUGAGCAGAAUGAUCGAAAUGGUUUAUCAGAUUCUCCCCUAAAGGAGGAAACUGAUGAUCAUAUAAGUAAAGUCAAAGAAAAGAGGAAGCAGAGGAAAUCGGAUAGACAAGAUGCAGAAUCAGAUGAGUUUUCUAGCUAUGAUUCCCAUGAAGACAAGAAGGAGAUCAGGAAGAAGAAAAGAGAAGAAAAAAAAUUGAAAAAGGAGAUGCGUCGACGACGACGGGAAGAGAAACGCCGUAAAAGGGGUGAAAGGCGUUCAGAGAAGCAAAAGCUGAAGUCAGGUGAUGCUAGUAGUUCGUCAUCAGAUCUUGCAGGUGAUAAUUCUGAGGAUGAAAGUGUUAAAAGGCGAAAGUUGCGAGCAAGCAAUCCUGAGGAGACUGAAUCUGAGCAGAAAAGGCUAGAGAUAGAGCUGCGUGAGAAGGCUCUUAAGUCACUUCAAGCCAAAAAGGGCUCUGGAAAUUAAAUGUUAUGAUGCUCUAGAAUUUAUAGCCGUUAUUUGUUAUUGUUAUGCUCUUAUAAUAUUUUCUUCAGUGCUAGACCUUGCAUAGUUUCGGGUGACUGUACUUCUGAUACCUGCUUAAUGUGAUUUGUCUUUACUGGUGGCAGCUGAAAUGGAUAAUUGAGGAUUUCCUGAGCUAGUAUCUUGAGUGAAACUUAAUGCUGCUUUCCUGCUAUCAUUUCUGAUAUGUUAUUACCAUAUAGAUGACUUGGUUGAGCAGAUCUUCGCAGCUACUCAGUUUGGACAUUCAAUCAGCUUGAGGAUUGUCCCCAAGCAAUUAUGCAAGAGAAGUGAUAUAACAGCUGAGAUGGUGACAUUUGAAUUUCAAUUCAUUGGUCUAGCCUUUAACAUAGCGUGUGUCAAGCUUUUCUUGGUUUGUAUAUACACUUUUAAUCUCUCACCCCUGCCCCCCCACCCACAACACUGAACCUGUGUUAUUAGGUAUGUAUAUAUAUUUGAGGGAUUCUGAUUA